GGAACCAAGAUUACCACUAAGCAGGCGUAAGGCAUUAGAAGCUUGUGUUGAGGAAAUGCAAAAGGAUGGUGUUGUGGAAGUUGCUACAGGCCCUACUACUUGGGUUAGUAGGCCUCACCUUGUGCCCAAAAAGAAAUCUGGGUGGAGAAUGGUGGUGGACAUGAGAAAUGUGAAUGCAGCAUUACUGAGGGAGAGAUACCCAAUUCCUACUAGAGAAGAAAUGCUUUGCAAGAUAUCAGGGAGCAAGUGGUUUUCAUCAUUAGAUUUCAAAUGGUGUUAUCUACAGUUUGAAUUGAAAGAAGAUGUCCGAAAUUUGACUACAUUUGUCACACAUUUUGGCAUGUUUAGAUUUAAAAGGAUGGCUUUUGGGUUAAGUAUUGCUGCUGAGGUGUGCCAGCGAGCAAUGGAAGAUCUGAAGAAAGAAGCAUUGAGAAACAUCCCAGCAGAAGUGAAAGAAGAACUGAGGAAGGUGUUGGAGGAAAAUAAUAUGUGUAUGGAAGACUGCAUAAUUAUUUUCAUUGAUGAUUGGCUUGUUCAUGCCCCCACUGCCUGGGCGCAUAAUAGGCUGCUACAUGCUGUGAUUAAAACCAUACAGAACGGGGGGAUGACAUUGAAUUUUGAGAAAUGUAUCUUCGGAGCAAGCAGUGUGGACUUUGUGGGAUGCAAGAUUUCCCAGAAUGGAUAUCAGCCAUUGGAAGAUAGUGUUAGUGUGGUGAAGAAUUUCAGGCAGCCCACCAGUAAGUCAGAAGUGCAUAGUUUUUGUGGGUUAGCCACCUACUUCUCUAUUUAUGUGCCUGAGUUUGCCAAGAUUAUUGCCCCAUUGAGAAAGCUAUUGAAAUCGGGGGCACACUUUGUGUGGGGUCAAGAACAAGAAGAGGCCUUUCAGAAAGUGAAGGAGUUGAUUAUAACUGCACCUGUGUUGGGGUUUUUCAAGAAGAAUGCCCCUACUUAUGUUUUUGCUGAUGCUUCACCAGUGGCCUUGGGAGCCCUAAUUGUUCAAAUCCAGGAUGGACAACCAAAAGUGAUCCGAUAUGCUGGAUAUGCACUAUCUGAAGUGGAGCAACGGUAUUCCCAAACUGAGAAGGAAGCAUAUGCUCUGGUGUUUGCUUGCGAGAAAUUUCAGUUCUAUCUGCUUGGUACUGAUUUCUAUUUGGUCACAGACCAUAAGCCCUUGAUUUUCAUGUUCAAAAACGGGGCAAAUACUAAAACUGCUAGUUUAAGAGUGGAAAGAUGGGCAUUGAGAUUGCAAGAAUAUCGAUUCAAGAUUGAAUAUAGGGCUGGAAAGACCAAUCUAGCCGACCCAUUAUCGAGGCUUUUGCCCCUCUCUCAGAAACCUAGUACUCCUAAACAUGUUGCAAAGGAAGAGAAAUUGAUUGCUCGCCUGGUGGAAGAUAAUGUACCAAGAGCACUGACUAUUGAUCAGGUACUAGAAGAAACUGAAAAGGACACUGAGAUCCAAGAUAUAUUGAAAUGUUUGAGAACAGGAAGAUGGACACAAGAACUGAAACAGUAUAGGUCCUUGGAGCCGCUGCUGAUGGAGUGCCAGGGCCUUUUGUUGAAAGGUCAGAAGAUUGUCCUUCCAAAAACCUUGUGGGAUCAGGCCUUGAAGCUAGCACAUGAGGGACAUUUAGGCAUGACAGCUAUGAAGAGAACGCUCAGACUCAAGGUAUGGUGGCUGGGCAUGGAUAGAUUUGUGGAAGACUUUGUGUCAAUGUGUUUCGGGUGUCAGUUGGUGAAUAAAUCUUUCACCCCGGAACCAAUUGUCUCUACAGCAUUACCAGCAUACGCCUGGGAGUAUGUGGCGGUGGAUUUCUUCGAGUUUGACCACAAAUACCUGCUGGCACUGACAGAUUAUUACAGCAGAUAUGUCCGGAUUGAAGUGACCAAGGACGAGACAGCACUCACCGCAGUAAAUGUUUUAGAGAAGAUCUUCAUUGAAUUGUCUCGCCCCAGAAAGUUAGCAUCAGACAAUGGUCCGUGUUUUGCAUCAAAAUUGUUUCAAGAUUUUUUAGAAGAUUGGGGGAUAGUCCAUGUGCAUAAAAUCCGACUAUGGCCUCAGUGUAAUGGUGAAAUUGAAAGAAAUAAUUCCAAUUUUGUGAAGAGGUUGCAAAUAGCUAAAGGACUGAAGAAGAGUUGGAAGUCAGCAUUGUAUAGCUUUGUCUACAACUACAAUGUAACUCCACACAGCAGCACUGGUGUGCCACCGAUGCAAUUGUUGUUUACUGCCAGACCGUUGUUGACAAAAUUUCCUACACUACCUGAGGAAAACAAGGAAGAUGACGCGGUGGAAGAAAAGGAUAGAGAAGCAAAAUUUACGGCCAAGAAAUAUGCGGAUCUUCGAAGGAAAGCUGCCCCAUCGACAGUACAAGUUGGAGAUACUGUUUUACGGAAAAAUGAAGAAAAGUCAUCAAAAACUGAUCCGCCAAGGAACCCAGAACCAGCUAUCGUGGUCGACAGGAAAGGGGCAGAGGUUACGGUGCAAACUCCACAAGGGAAGACAGUCCAGCGAAAUGUCUCAUUCUUUCAUCCUCUCAAGGUCUGUGAAGAAGUGCCCCAAGACCUUGGGAACGACGGACUACGGGGGCAGUCGGUGCAACGCAAUGGCGCUGCACUGGAGCCGGGGCCGGGGGGCCCGAGGAGCGGGGAGACCCCGCGCGCUGGCGAGACUCCGCGACAGCAGGGUCUGGCGGCAGGGAAGUCUACGGAGAGGACGACGUCUUCCGUGGAAAGGACGGCGACGACCACAAGUUCCAGAGGUCGACGCAGCGUGGGAGGAGGCGACGUGAACGCCAAAGAAGGUGCCGAGGGUGGACUGCAGCUAGCCGACGGUCCUGGCACACCAAAGAGACCAGCAAGAGAGAGGAAGAAGCCGUGCUGGAUGACUGAUUAUGUUUGA